AUGAGAACAGUGUCCUCUUGGUGGGUCAGUUUAGAAACAGCUUUGUCUUUAAAAAAAGAAAACUAUACCAUCAGCUUGAGGCUGAUCCUUCAGAAUUCAAAGAAAACGUGAUACCCUGAGUGUAGACAUGAGGACUUUAAAGCAGGAGGCAGAGUAAACAUUCAAAACAGAGAACUAUGGACAGCUAAGCAUCUUACAGGGUUUUAUUUCUAACAGCCUAAAGUCUUUCCAUAGCCCAUAGAAGCCACAGUCUCAGAGUCCUUCCCAACCAUGUCAUGACAGGUCCUACUGUGACCUCAUGAGGAGCGAUUGUGAGGCGGCCCAGCAAACAGAAAUUAAGGUGUUGCCAGGCCUGGAAUUCUUUGAGUUCUUUGAGAGGUGGUGUGGGCUGGAGCCCUCUGCGACUUGGUUGUAUCUACUGAGCUGUGUGUGGUUGUAUCGGAUUUUACUGUACUGUGUAUAUGUGUAUAUAUCAGUGUGUGUAAGAGAGUGUGUGUUGACAGAUUUGCCUGUGUGUGAGUGUGUGUACACUUUUGCCUGUGUGUUUGUCAGUAUAUGUAGGAGUGGGUGAGUUUACAAGUUUGUGUGUGUGUAUGUGUUUGUAUGUCUGUACUUCUUCUUGUGCGUGAGUGUGUGUCCCUGUGUGUGUGUGUGUGUGUGUGUGUCUGAUGUGUGUUUUUCCACGUUUGCUUGUGUGUAAGUAUGUGUGUUUUGUGUGAAUCUGGGUGUUUGUAAGAGUUUGUGUGAGUAUAAGUUCACUUCUGUGUAUUUCUGUGUGAGUGCCUCUGUGUGUGCCUGUGGUGUGUGUGUGUGUGUGUGUGUGUGUCCCUGUGUGUGUCUGUGUGUGUCUGUGUGUGCACGUACCCAUCUCCUUUUGCCCCUUGUAUCUAUAUUACCUGCACCUCAGUGCAAGAGAGUGUAGAGGCCAAAAGUCACCCCGGCUGCUGUUCCUGAGGUAGCAUUAGUACUGAUAAAAUGCCUACAGAGACUGAGGAGGAGUUACCAACCCCUACACCCAAGCCCAGUAUCUCUGAGGAGGGCAACUUCCAUUCCCAAUACCAAGUAUUGGGGACAAGUGGGCAAGGGGGCAACGGCAAAGUCCUCCUGGCCCACAACCGGCUCACAGGAACCCCGGUGGCUGUCAAAGUUCUGCGAAAGGACAAGCAGUGGUUCCAGCCAGCCAUGAUGGAAGCAAACAUAAUGAGAAAGAUCAACCACCCCAACAUAGUGUCUCUCAUACAAGUUAUUGAAAAGGAAACGAGAAUAUACCUCAUAAUGGAGCUGGUGGAAGGCCAAGAACUCUACCAGUACAUCAGAGAGUCAGGGCACAUAGAGGAGGAUGAGGCCCGGCAAAUAUUUGAACAGAUAUUGUCAGCAGUGAGCUACUGCCAUGGAAAGGGGAUUGUUCACCGAGACCUCAAACUGGACAAUAUAAUGAUUGAUAAAAACAAAAAGGUCAAAGUCAUCGACUUUGGGCUUAGCACACAAUUUCCACCUGGAAAAAUGCUAAACCACCACUGUGGCACGCACUCUUUUGGUUCCUCUGAACUCCUCCUUGGCCAUCGGUAUGACAGGCCGAAGAAUGAUAUGUGGAUUAUAGGAGUGGUCUUGUACUGUAUGGUAGUGGGAAAGCUAACAUUUGAUUCAGUGAUCAUCCAAGAUCUGCAAAGACAAGUAGUGGCAGGGGUAUAUCCUGCUCCCUGUGGGGUUUCAAAAGAACUGGAGGACCUCCUUAGUAAAUUACUGAGAGUAAAUCCCAACUUUAGACCAACAGCAAGAAAGGCGAUGAAACACCCUUGGUUCAAAGAACACUGGAACGGAUUGAUAGUUCCCUAUGAAGAACUGCUUCCCCUCACACCAGACCCGGCCAUUUUGGAUGCCAUGAAAAGCAUUGGAUUACAAGCCUCUGUAGUAAAACACACUUUAAAACAAAGAAAAUAUAAUGAGGAAAUGGCAACUUAUUUCUUUCUACAAAAGCAGGCUCUCCAGGGGGAUGGCUGCACAGCCCAGGCACAGCAAGUGAGUCCCGUUGCAGCCCCAUUCCCUAGCCUUGACCCUGCUGCUGCUUUUAGAUUAGAACCAAAGAGGAGUGGAAGCCUGCCAGUCCUUGGCACAUUGCGGGUGUCAUCCUCCCAUGGUCACGUAUCUCACUAUGGCCAGAAUGCUCAUCCAAAAGGAGGCAAAAGAUACACUGUGGCUGGUCGUCUCAGGCCACUACCGAUGACACCUACACAGGACCACUAUCACAAAUGUGCCGUGAGUGUCCCAUGCAUUCAAACAACAAGCAUCUUCAGUGAGAAGAGUAGCAAUAAGAAAAUCAAAGAAGACAACCCACUCUCCCACAGAGCCCCAUUAGAGGAUAAGCCCAUCCCCAGCAGGGUCCGGCACAGAGGUUUUAAGGGGUGGACCAGGAAUAUAGCAAAUGCCCUGAUAAAGCUGUGUUGCUGCAUGCCAAGGAGAAAGAAACCUCGCCUGGGGCAGAACAGAAUCUCCCCCCAGAAAUGAGCCACAGGGAGAGUCCAGAGAACAAGCAGCAGGCAUAGCCCAGGUACCUUUGUGCUUUGUCCUUUUCAGUUUGCUCUAUGCUGGUCCUUCCUCUGUCUCUGGUUUCCAUUUUCCCCACAAUUCUUACCUUGUAUCUGCUCUAAGUUCUUUAUGAGGUUUCCCCAACACCAAGCCUUCUCCCUCUUCUUGAUUUCUCCUCUUCCCAGCAGGGACCCAAUAGGAUUGAUGAGUUCCCCACUCUACAGAGU